AUGCCUGGACACCUGAAGGCACAGCAGACACCGUUCCCCGCCUUGAAGCCAGCUCUACACUCAGAACACUGCUGCCCUGCCUGUGCUGCUGGCCCUGCCUGUGCUGCUGCCCUGCCUGUGCUGCUGGCCCUGCCUAUGCUGCUGCCCUGCCUGUGCUGCUGCCCUGCCUGUGCUGCUGCCCUGCCUGUGCUGCUGGCCCUGCCUGUGCUGCUGCCCUGCCUGUGCUGCUGCCCUGCCUGUGCUGCUGCCCUGCCUGUGCUGCUGCCCUGUCUGUGCUGCUGCCCUGCCUGUGCUGCUGCCCUGCCUGUGCUGCUGCCCUGCCUGUGCUGCUGCCCUGUCUGUGCUGCUGCCCUACCUGUGCUGCUGCCCUGCCUGUGCUGCUGCCCUGCCUGUGCUGCUGACCCUGCCUGUGCUGCUGCCCUGUCUGUGCUGCUGCCCUGCCUGUGCUGCUGCCCUGCCUGUGCUGCUGCCCUGCCUGUGCUGCUGCCCUGCCUGUGCUGCUGGCCCUGCCUGUGCUGCUGCCCUGCCUGUGCUGCUGCCCUGCCUGUGCUGCUGCCCUGCCUGUGCUGCUGCCCUGCCUGUGCUGCUGGCCCUGCCUGUGCUGCUGCCCUGCCUGUGCUGCUGCCCUACCUGUGCUGCUGGCCCUGCUUGUGCUGCUGCCCUGCCUGUGCUGCUGCCCUGCCUGUGCUGCUGACCCUGCCUGUGCUGCUGCCCUGCCUGUGA